AUGAAAGGAGAAAAUUUCAUGUUUUUCCCUAAAUUACGAGGAUGGAGACCUUGCUGGAGGGGACGCUGGAGGGCUCUUAAGUCACAGAUUCUUGCAGCCAGUUUGACCUGCAUGGUACUUUUUGUAUAUGCGUGUACACAGGAUUUAUUGCAAGGUCCUCUGCAUUUUUCCUUGCUGUGGGGAACUUCUCCACCAACGCAGGUGACUCUCCUAAUCUGGUAUGAGCCGUUUGGCAAAUUGAGACGACUUGGAGACUGCCGUGUCCUUUUCAACAUCACCGGUUGUCAUCUAACCACCAACAGGAGCCUUGUACAAGAGGCUGACACCGUCUUGUUCCAUCACCGGGACAUUGGAGACUUUGGAGACUUUCCUUUCGAAAAACGGUUACCUUCCCAGAAAUGGAUCUGGAUGAACUUUGAAUCUCCAUCACAUUCCCCUUGGCUGUCCUCUCUUGGGGGAGUAUUCAACUGGACCAUGUCCUACAGGGUAGACUCAGAUAUAUUUGUGCCAUAUGGCUAUUUAUUUUCCAGAAAACGCUCAAAAAUAAUACUUCCACGCAAGAAAAAGUUGGUGGCAUGGGUUAUAAGCAACUGGAAUGAGGACCACGAACGAGUUCAGUAUUACAACCAACUGAGGGAGUACAUAGAUAUAGAUAUUUAUGGGCGGUAUGGGAUGGAUUUGAAACAGGAUAACAUUGUAAAAACAGUGUCGGAAUAUAAAUUUUACCUCGCCUUCGAGAAUUCACUGCACACAGAUUAUAUCACAGAAAAACUAUGGCGGAACGCCUUCAAGUCUAGCGCAGUAGUCCCUAUUGUCAUGGGCCCUAGUCGGUACAACUAUGAGAUGUUCCUCCCACGGAACUCCUUCAUCCAUGUGGAUGACUUCUCAAAUCCCCGAAAACUUGCCAUGUACUUGAAAUUUUUGGAUAAAAACAUGCACAUGUACCGGAGGUAUUUCACAUGGAGGAAAAGGUACGAUGUUCAUGUGACCUCAUUUUGGGACGAACAUUAUUGCACAGCCUGCGAAACUGUGAAGGCAGCUGGAAGUCAGCAUCGAACGAUCACAGAUCUUGCAGGAUGGUUUGAAAGUUGA